AUGGCUACCACUAUUGAAGCGGCUACGAUCGACUCGCUGCCUAACGAAGUUCUGCUCAUCAUAUUCCAUUGGAUUAAGGUCGACGACCUCAAGGGCGAUGACUACCAUGGCCCUCCCCGUUGCGCUUAUCUCUCUCACGUCUCGCAGCGGUGGCGCCGCCUUGCCAUCGCAUACAGUCAACUUUGGGAUCACUGGCCGAGAUAUGAUACAGCUCUAGCUUGGACGGAGACGUGCUGCGAAAGAUCUGCGAAUACAUCGCUGGCGCUUUGCUUUGUGGUUACAUCCCAGGCCACGCAGCGCAUGACGGAGGCGAUGAACCUCGCGGCCGCGAGAAUAUCGCGAGCCAAAGUCAUCAGCGUUAGCCCCGGUCCAGCCAAUAGCUACGGCCAUCUCUACAUCUUCUCCGGAGACACAAGUGCCGGCUCCCAGCCGAUCUUGCGGUCUCUGAGCACGCUGUCUUUUGAUGACGCUCCGUUACUUGAAUCCAUCUCUCUUAAAAACGCACACGGAAUGGUUCUUCUAGCGCCACAGGCCACCAUCAAUCUCUUCAGUGUUCCCCAGCCUCCCCGCUUACAGAGGUUGUCGAUCCGUGGCUACUCGGUGUCCCUCUCCAACAGCAUACAGCUAGACACACUGCGCAAUUUGGAUAUCCAUAACGCGAGCGCGUGGCGCACUAUUGACGAGAUGAUCGAUGUCCUGAAAAAAGUACCGAACAUAGAAGAGUUGAAUUACAUGUACAACAGCUCUGAGAUCAUGAUCAGACACGAGCUCGAUCGGCCGCCUACUUCUCCCUCGACUACCCAUCAUAUUCGUUGCGUAGACUUGCCACGUCUGCGUCGGCUUAUACUUCCUCGAACUGGCGAAUUCAAGCCGGCAGCGAUGAUUUUCAUCUACUGCUCUCUUGCGCCACGAACUGCUUUAUGUUUGGAAGCGGAUGAGGUGUAUGAUGACUGGGGAGCUCACAAGGACCUAUACGCCCGAGCACUUCGACACCACUUCUCGGCCGCAAUAGCUGCGAACCAGUCCUACGACAUCGUGUCGUUGGAUGACAGGAUCAUCAAACCAGAUAUAUCACGGCAAACUUCCCCAUCGACAACUUUACCCUCCGAACUGUCGUUCUCGAUACUUCAUGCACAGCACAAUGCUGCACAUUCCGAAAACGUCCUCGAGUCGUCGUGCAAGCUUUACUUUUCUUUGCCCAUCUUCGCCGGCACACACGAGCUGCACGUCGCACGGGACCGUCAGCACUGCUACACUUUUCUUGAUCAUUUACCUGCGAUGCCGGCCGUGCGUACACUCGUUCUACAAGGCGAUGCAGUCAUGGACUUUACUGCGGGGUAUUUGGCGAGUUGUGGGACUCGGUUUCCUGAGCUUGAGGUCUUGCGUUUGGCUGAUUUCGAUUGUCAUGAUACGGCGGGCUCCAUCCCAUUUUCCGAGGUUCGGACUAUCACGGCGGAUAGCGUUGUUGAGGCGUUGACUGAAGCGUGGAGUACGUCGGAGAUGGUCACAUGGCGCACUCUCGAGUUCGAGAGGUUUAGAUACGCGGAUUAUAUCGCCGAGUGUAUCAGGAAGGAGCCUGAGCUUCGCGCGUUCAACGAGAGGGUCGAGAUUCGUUGCAUCGACUGCUACGAAUGA